AUGCGUUUCUCUAUCGUCUUCCUUGCUGGCACUGUCGCUCUUACUAACGCUGCGGCUGUUCCUCCUCAGCAUUCCAACCCUGCCGUUAUCCCUGGAGCGGCACUUGAUGUGCUCAAGGAUUCUCCCCUGAACAUCGGUAUCAACACCGAUAUCGACGCUGAUGUCAAGGCUGAUAUCGACACCAAAGUCGACGCCGAUGCCCAUCUUACCAAGCGCCGCGCCGGAGCCCGUCUUAACGGCGCUGCUGAGGGCAUUGGAGCCGGAGCUUCCAUCGCCGGAGCCAUGAGCGGCCUCCUCGACAAGCUGUUCCCCAUCAACAACUGGAACUCCGCCCGUGAGACCUUCACCCAGGCCACCGUCGACGCCAUGUGGGCCAGGAACCCCGACCGAAACCGCUGGGUCGCCGCUGCCUGCUACAACAUGAAGUGGGACGUUGCCAACCGCGACAGAAUCUCCGAUGUCGCCAGUGUCAAGCUCUCCAUGGGCGCGCUCAACACUGACUACGACUGCUUCUACAUUGGUCGUCAGAACUCGCUCUGGACUCGUGGUGAUGGUGGAUACAUUAACCUUGCUGUUGUCUCUGACAACAGGUUCUGCACCUUUGACAGCCGCACCGCUGACCUUGACUGCCGGUAA